UCCUUACAAGCUAAGAAGAAAUAUGAUAGGAGCUCCAUAAUUCAAGUCAACGACAUAAAACCGUUCAAAAAAUUACAAAGAACCCACACGAAUUUACUGGUUUUGUUUGCGCAGAGUGGUAGGUCACCGUUCAUAUGCAAAACAGUGAUUGGAUUUUAAUAAAUUUUCAAUGCAACUUGACCCCUUUUCUUUUAGCUUUUGUAUAAUUGGACUUCUCCUGUUUCGAAGUUUUAUGGAGCACUUUUGUUUCCUUUCAUUUCCUUGUUUUCGCUGGAUAAGGUGAUAUUGAUUUAGCUGGCUUUCAGAAGUCAUUUAUAUUUGCACAUUAUUAUUUGAACCCGGCUGGAUGAUAAAAUGCGUUCAAGUCGAUAUCUACAAGAUUUUUGAUAUUUGAUUUAUUAUCAGAUUAUUCAAGAAAGGAGCCUUUAUAAAAAAACAAGUUAAUCUUCAUUAAGAUCUUAAAUCCUUAUUAUUAUGCAUGAACAUUUUAAUUAGGGUUAUUAUCCAGUAACCCUGGAAACUUAAGAAAGAUAAUGGCAUAUGUACCAUAUUCAUUUUGAUUGUUAAUUACAUCAAAUAAAUCAUAUUGCUGGUUUGCACGUGACGUUACGGCAGCUAUGUUGGUGGUCAAGAACAAAAGCAGUUCUCUCCUCUGGGAACUAAACUCUAUUUUCAUGUAAAUUCUUCGAGAAAAAAAUUUAAUUGUUUUGACCCCCAACAUGGCCAUCCUGUCAUGUGGUUGCACACCAAGAAUAUGUAAACUGUACUGAAAUAGAUGCAAAUAUGUGGCUGUGAUCCCUCUUGUUUUACCUGAUCCACCAAAGGGGCUGAGUUUUCAGGUUAGUCAACCUGAAAAUAAUUUAUUAUUAUUGUCUCAUUCAACUUUCAAUAUUUCCACAUUUUCACCAAUUUUUAACUAACUACGAGAGAACGACUGGAGAACUGACAAUUUGACUAACAAUAGACGACCGUUUAAUUGUGACAAUAGACGGAUUGAAACCCACCAAUUACUGAUUGCGAGUCUUCAUAGCCAUUAACAUCACGGCUUAACUGACAGACGACCAAUAACAUCGCAACAUAAUUGACCAAUCAGAUCAAUAACCAGAGUAUAAUACCAUCAACUGACGUGAUACAACUCACUUUGACUCUGAAGAUGACUACCGCACAGGUUGUCGUAACGUCAGUCACCGUCAACAACAACAGUCCUAUUCAUGAACUACGUUCACCCGGACGAUCAAACUCUACCUACUUUUGGAAUUUUUAUUUUCUUUCAAUUUCUUUGUUUGACAAGCAAGUUUAUCUCAAUUAAAUAAAUUUUAAACUAAUUACAUAGUAUGUUUUUCAAUAAUGAUUACUGGACUGACAAACUCAAAAAACCAUUAACACCUGGUAAGUAUUUCUGGAACGUUGAUUGUUUACUGACAAAUACUGGCCAAUGACAUGGAAGUUAAGGACUCACAAAACAGACAACAAAACCACCGCCCAGAGAAGUUAUAGGUGAUUUACAAAAAAGUGUUCUGUGUCUUUAUGCAAGAGUUAACUAUAAAUUUAAGACAAGUGAACUGAAAAAUGUAGAGAAACUGGUGAAGCAAAAAAGUUAUAGAAAGUUGCAGGCAAUUAUUGCCUAAUGUAUAUCUUACAGGUCAAAAUCAUAUUCGGGUUAAAAUUCUUUAACCUGGGGAUGAUUCUUAAUUUUCUUUGUCUCCUAGCCCUAAUUCAUGAUUGAAUAAUAUUUUAUUAGAGCUAGGAGACUUUUUUAGGAAAAAGAAAAACACCCUCCUAGGUUAAAAAUUUUAACCUGAAUAUAAUUUUGACCUGUAACAUAUAUCUUCAUCUUCUAAGAGUAACUUACUUGCUAAAUUAACCAAUCAAAGUGUACAUAAGUUAUUAUUGGGCAUGAGAUAACAGUAAAUCUAUAAAUGAUAUUACUUUUGUACAGUGAAUGAUUCUUAUAAGAACUGCCUGGUAGAAAUGAUUCAAUAAUUUCAACAAUAUUUAUUUCAGAACGUGAUGCUUUAAAAAAGUUUGAUGUUCUAGCAGAAGUUGCAGAAGAAAUGAAGGGCAAAGGAACAAUAGCUCAUGUAAAUUGUGGGUGAGUUGUACGUAUGAGUUGUUGCAUUAAGGGUGUAGCCUGGCAAGAUAGCCUGACAUUUCUCAAUAUAGCCUGAGUGCACUCUCUCUAGGGCUUUGGCGGUGGGGCAGGAAAAGGAAGGAGAGCUUGGAACUACGUCUCUGGAAUUUGAAUCGUGCCUCCAAUUCCCCUGUUGCUCCCUGUUGACUGAGCUGUCAGAUUUCCGCCAAUCAGCACAAAGCGGAAACAAACCCGAAUGCGCACAGGGAAAAAGACGUGAAAGAUCAUCACCAAUGUCAUCUCUGCCAGUCAACAUUUCUCAUGGAGUUGAUGCAGAUAUUCAAAUUCCAGAAACAUAGUUGCAAGCUCUCCUUCCUUUUCCCUCCCCGUUGUAAAGCACGCCAGAGAGCUCGCUCGCAGGCUAUUCUCAAUACUACCACUGGUUUCGCUGCCAAAUGACAUCUGAGGAACAAUAGCACAGUUAUUCCAUACUGAUGAUGUAUCACUACCCAGAACUUGGGCCCUGUUAGGAUAAAAUUCUGACAAGUGACAAGGCCUUGAAACAUCGACUUAAGACUAGAUAAAAAAUGGCAACAAAUGACAUAAAGAUGACAGGGACAUGGCGUUCGCUUCAAACUGCAAAAUAACCGUAUUUGAAAUUCAGUCUGUAGGGAGAUUCUUCAGUCUUAAUCCGCUCAGUCCUAAACCAUUUCUGACAUACAAAUCUGUCGGCUAAAUCCUAUGUUGACUUGUUACCAUUCCAAUAACACAUGUUAAAAGUAGAUUAAUAGAGAAAUUCAUCUUUUCUUAGGGAAAGCAAAGAUGCCAAAAAGUUGUGCAAGAAGCUUAAAGUUCCACCUCAACCAGUCGUGUUAAAACAUUACAAGUGAGUGCAAAUCUAGUUAUGCCAUAAUUUCCUUUUUUUCUCAGUCUGUUCGUGUAAGUCUCUAUAAUAGUUUGCAGAUUUUGCCAGUUUGUCUCUCUGUCAGUUAUGUCAGUACGCUGUACAUUUUUUUUCUUUUUCAGAGAUGGGAACUUCAAUAAAGAUUAUGAUAGGAAAUUUGCAGUAAAGGUGAUUUUUCUUGGCAUCAUUGUGAUGUAUCUGUUACUGAUCAAAUUUGAUUUCAGGUUAAAACUUUUAAACCUAGGUUGAUUCUCAAUUUUUUUGUUUAUAGCCAUAGCUUUAUAGGCAAAAAAGGAAAUUGAUAAUCAACCUAUGUUAAAUCAAAAUUAACCUGAAAUCAAAUUUGAUCUGCAACAUACAUGCAACAAACAUCAAUAUCAAAUAAUAAAGAAAAUGGUGGAUGUCAAAGUUAAUUAAUUAGAGAUUUGAGUUUUGAAUAAUUGAAUAUCAGUAGAUGGUGUUCCUGGGUGCUUGAUUUUAUGUAAAUUUGCUAAUAAAAUAAUAAUUAUUAUUUGUUUCAGUCAAUGAUAAAUUUUUUAAAUGAUCCCCUGGGUGAGAUGCCCUGGGAAGAGGAAGAUGGAACAGAGGAUGUACGGCAUGUCAACACUAACAUGGUUGGUAAAUCAAGGCUGUGCUCUUAGGAAAAUUAAAGAGAACCCAUGUCGUUGCUCUAAACCAGUAGAAUUUUAUGAUUUGUCUGAAAAAACUAACAUUUUCUAGUUGGCUGAGAGCGAGAGUUGAGUGUCUGGGGCCACUGGGUUCUGCUAAAGCACAGCCCUGUAAAUGUGGCCCAUUGAUUGAUGUCUUAGGCUUAAGGCUAGUUACUUUUUAUACCGUAAAUCCUCUAUUAAUCCCCCCGGGGUCUUAAUAGAGAUGGGGGGCUUAAUUAAUUUAGGAAAGGUGAUGGUAUUCGAUCAGUUCUCCAAAAAUAACUAGAAUACAACGCGGAGAAGCUCAAGGACAAGAAGGUUGGAGGUCAUGCAGCCAAGGAUCAGGAUCAAAAUUAAUCUGAACUUCCAGUUGGUAAAUAAACCAUCCCGGAUCAGUCUGCAUGAUGUUUAACAGUUGUGAUUGAUUAAUACAGUCUUAUUUAUUUGUGAAGAAUAAUAAGGGGAGAGGAGGGGAGGGGGGGCGGGCCUACUAAUUCUCUUCCCCUGAAAAGGGGGGUGCUUAUUAGAUGGGGUUGCGGGGGGGGGGGGGCUUAAUAGAGGAUUUACAGUAGUAAUGUACUUUCCCUUAAUUUGGAGAGAACUCCCCAGCUUUAAGAAGGCCAUCACCCAUUAUAAAAAUAUUUGCUUAUCUACAGGAAAUAAAUUUUCUUUCAACUGGUAUUAUGGGGUCUAUUUAAGACAGACAUCUUCCAAAUCCUAUUUUAAAACUAUAGCUAGUUUUAAGUGGCCUCUGCAAAAAAGUGGAUUUUUUCUACCUCCUUUUGACUGGAGCUGAAGUAUCCUCAACAAUGAUGAAAGUGAUCUAAGAUAUAUUUUGGGGAGCCUCUGGGCCAGUACCUAUUUCCACUAACCCAUUGUUAGGAGCAUGGUGCUUGGGUGCAGCAGCAUGUAUUAUACUUUUGCGGUAUAAUUAUAAUAUUUGUUUAUAUUUACUUAUUAUUGGAAAAUAAAUUUACAUGACAGAUACAAAUUGAAACUUAACGGGACUGUUAAGUAGUCGAUGAGGCAACAACUUUGCCUCUCUUUUAAGGUGCAGGCAUCCAUGGUUAGUCAUGCAACUACUUAAGUGACGUGACAGGAGACUGAGCAACACAGGCGCAACAUUGUAGCCCUGGUCCCGGUUAAGGGCCGAGUGCCUUUGGUAAAUCUGGAGGGCGUCCCUAAUCUUUCUUGUUACAAGAUUCUUUUGCCUCAUCAAGAUCCUUGCACUAGCUAUCCAGUGAGAACUUGUGGCCAGUAGCCUUGUUGUGUUCUUGGAUGGCUGAACUGAUGGUGUACCUUCCAUCUGUGUGCUCACAGAACUGGAAGUGAACACCAAAAGUCCUGGCUGUCUCUCCCACAUAUUCUUUCCAACCAGGGGCAUAGCUAGCUUUUUGACUACUUGUAGGCAUGGAUGACUUUCAUUUCCACGUAUAUCCUCAAAAUUGCACGCAUGACUAGUACACACUGACCUCACCAACACUUUGAGCUCUUAAGCUUUUUAGCGCAACCCGACAACACAUAAUUUAUUACAAGUGGUAGAGGGAUCAAACUAAAAAGAUUGUAGGCCUGGACCUACAGGUCUAUGGGCUGGCCAUGGCCCCUGCUUUCCCACACUUAUUGUGUUUCAGACAGCUACAAAGAGUAUUCAAACAACACAGUGUGCAUUCUUACAGCAAGACCUUCAUCAAAGUUUUGAAAGACAAGCAGUAACCUCAACUCAACUCAACACUGUUACGAACAUAUCUAAUGUUGAGCCCCUUCCAAUGAUGCUUCGUAUUACGUUUACCAUGCACCCUCUAACAAUCAUGCUCUAUAGCAGCAGCUAUAUCUAGUAGCCCUUAGGGAUAAGUCCACUAGCACAGAAAAAUCAUAGGGUGUAGUUUACAGUUAAAGGUCCUUCUUAAGUUUAACUUUGCUUCUGUGAUGUAAACUUAUUUUUCUAACUAUAUCCAGAAAACAAAACUUCCAUGCACUAAUUUGUUGUUGUUGUAUAAUGAUAAGGAAAAUAAGCCUUGAUAUUAUGGUCUGUGUACUUUCAACAGGACUUUGAAAAGCUGACAAGAAAAGAGAAGAGACCUGUAAUGGUUAUGUUUUAUGCCCCAUGUAAGUAA